AAUUGAUUAUGGCAGUGGUUGCAGGCUUCACUUCGCAAGCAUUUGAUUUAGAGCAUGGCUCGAAGCGUCCUACAAAUUGAGUUAAAGACAUAUGUGGGCUUUCUGGCCUCCUUAACCCUCUCUCUGGGAAUGUUGAUUGGUGAAAGAGGGAACAUAGGGACCUUCCCACCACCACAACCAGGUUCACAUGACAGUCCCAUUCCCCCAGAAGAGGUGGUUAAUGGCUCUGGGGCUUAUCCAUCACAGAAUACUGACAACUUCCCAGCAUAUGAUAACUACCCCCUGGCAAACGGUGGAAGUCCUCAGACACGUGAAGGACACAUGAUGCCGUACUAUGACUACCCUAUGCCCAUUUCAUCAGACAAGGGAUCCACUGUCCUACGAGCUCAUUCAGGCUCAAAUAUGACUGCUGCUGAUGCGCCAGACUUGGCAUAUUGCAACAUGAUCCUGGAAGCACCAAUACCCCCAACUGCAGAUCAGGUGCCUUGGUUCUGUACCUGCACCCUAUGUAAAGGAGGUAGUAAAGGCCCAAAGGGAGACAGAGGAGACAGAGGACUACCAGGUCAACCAGGCAGUCCAGGAAGGAGAGGCCUCACUGGUCCACCAGGACUUCUGGGUUUCACAGGUCGUCCCGGAAUGAAGGGCCAGAAAGGUGAUGAUGGUGCAAAAGGAGACCAGGGUCCAAUGGGUCUUAUGGGGAUGAAGGGAGAGCAUGGAUUCAAAGGUGAUAAAGGGGACAUGGGUGUGGAUGGAAGGCCAGGGGUCCAAGGGCUACCUGGAGAACCUGGGCAGUGUCCUGCGUCAUGUGAAUCUAUUCGUGGACCUCCAGGAGAAGUUGGCCUGCCGGGAAUUGUUGGGCCAAGAGGCCUGCCAGGGACGGUGGGAAUGCCUGGGAUGAAAGGCCAGAAAGGAGAUAAGGGCGAGGUUGGUGUGUCUGGCAUUCCAGGCAAAGAUGGACACAAAGGGGAUCAAGGAGAACAGGGUGUGUGCCACUGCAAGGAUGGGGCCAAAGGUGCUGAUGGACAUCAGGGUUCUCCUGGGCUGAGGGGCGAAAAAGGGGAAAUGGGUCCACAGGGACAUGCAGGAGCAAAUGGUCUAAAUGGUGAAAAAGGAGAUGUAGGAAUGAAGGGUCCUCCCGGCCCCUGCUCUCCUGCCAUUCAGUCAGCUUUCUCAGCAAGACUGGCUGAUCUUUAUCCAGUGGCAGAUUUGCCUAUUCCCUUCACCUCAGUCAUUUACAACAUGCAGUUUCACUACGACCCCUUUACGGGUAUCUACAAGGCCCCUGUAAAUGGCACCUAUGUCUUUAGCUAUCAUUUGGUAGUGUUUACCAGGGUGCUCAAAGUGGGUCUCUUCCAUAACUUCAAACCCAUCGUGAAGAGCACUGAGUUGGCCAGUCUUGGUUCAGUCUCUCAACAGGUUGUCUUGCACCUUAGCAUGGGUGAUGAAGUGUGGCUCCAGGUAAGGGACACCACCAGUAAUGGUAUGUAUGCCAAUAGUGAGGCCAGUAGCACCUUCUCGGGCUUCCUGCUUUACCCAGACAGCUGUGAUGUACCGUUAUCUCGUGAGUUGUCUGAACCUAUCGAUGGGACAUACACCUGGGGCGAACUGGAAGCUCCAGCCACUCCUGCUCCAUAAAUACAUUCUACAGAUUCAUAUAUAUAUAUAUUUCAUACACACGCGCAUGCAAUAAAAGCUCUGUAGUAAGCAAAUCAAUACCUCUGUACCUACUUUUGUCUUCUUUGUAGUUCAGAACAUCUGCUACACUAGCAACCAAAUGCAAUCUAGUUGGUCAAAUCAGUGCAAAGGUCGAAAAAAAUGCCUGCCUGACAUCCUGCCUACUGUUGAGCACUGUUAGUUAUUUAGAUCUCAGACCUCUAGCAAAAUCAUUUAGCUUUGUCAGGUAACAUUCACAGGAUCCUCAUACAAAGGAUGGAUGGAUGAACAAAAUAUAUCAUCACUGUCAGAGCAAAACCUCAAAAUUCAAUGUCAAAAUGUACAAAUCUACCAAUAAAAGAGGUCCAAAAUGACUUAAACCAAAACUCUAACACUGCACAGCAAAAAUUGGUCUCUUAUCAAGUGAAAUGAUCUUAAAUCUGGUCAAUAUGUCUAAUAUUUCCCAUUUUGAGAAGGUUGAUGCACUUAUUAUAGGAUUAUCUAGCUUAUUUCUAGGCACUAUUUACUUGUUUUAGGUCAUUUUAUUAAGUAGAUGAUCAUUAUACUGAUAAUUUUGCUGGUUUCAAGCACAUUUCCUAAAAUAAGCAAACUUAUCUGUCAAUAUUGAGAGAUAAUUUUACUUAAUAAAAUUAUUUAAAACAAGUAAAAAUGUCUAUAAAUAAGGUAAAUAGACUUCCAUUAAACUAACAUCAACUUCAACAGGAGAAAUAUUAGAUUUAGAUUAUUUAGCAGUGUGUAAGAUGAGCUCGUAAGAUUAAUUUACAUUGAAUUUAAGAAUGUUUUUUUUACUUUGCCAUUAAAGUUUUUUAUUUUUGGAGAUUCAAGGUUUUAUUCUGACCUGAAGUCACUCAUGUUGGGGAUGUGGUGCAGUGCAGUCAGCUGAGUCUAUUGCUUUGAAAUUCAGGCCGGGUGAUUAAAGAUGUGAAUGUUUUACACAGUAAAGUUAAUCUGCCUGAAAUUAGGCGAAUUGAGGCCAUGGCUUCUUUUAGAGAAUGUUGGAUGGCUUUGUAUGAAACUUUAACCUUGUCUUAAUCUUAUUCAGUCGCAACAACUCCAUGUCCAGUGAAGAAUUUGUGCACAUAUUGAGAUUAAUCUAGUGAAUUAAACUGUAAUGCAUAAGCAAAAUUUGUUCUGACUAUUCUAACAUUCCAUGAAUUUUCAAGUGUUUUAUAUUUAGCAGCCUUUUGAUGAAAUGUUCUGUUUUCUUUAGAUGAAAGUCUUUUAGAUUGCAUUUGCCUGUGUAUGACACUCAGCUUUGUAGCUUUCUGUUUUGUGUUCUUGUAAAACAUUUGAAUGUAAUUUUGCAAGUAACCACUAUUUAUCCAUAACUGAAAUGAAUUGCAGUCAGUAAUCCAGGGUGUAUGGCAAUGCUGAAUGUGGGCAUGACUGCUAUCCUGGAGUAAGUUUGUGUUGCGUUUCUCAGCCCCAGAUUUCUUGCGCUUUUUUUCUGUGUUAGAAAUGAGCUUCGAUUAAACUGUGAAAAAAGGGACCAAACUCAAUAAAAUCUGGUGGAAACAUGAUCUGAA